AUGACUUCCACCACACGAGCGAUGCUGCUCAGCCUAGUAGCGACCGCAGCUUCUGCGCAAUACGGACCUGGUGGCCGAUAUGGCCCUGAUGGAGUUGGAGGAGGUAGUGGCAACGACGAUAACGACUUUGGCUCAUCAUUUGGCGGCGGCCGCGGCGGCUUCUCUUUGGAAUCACGACACAAGAUCAUCAUAGCCCAUGGUGUUCUGGCAGCCCUAGCAUUCGUCUUGUUCUUCCCAGUUGGAUCGAUCCUCAUUCGACUAGGAUCAUUCCGCGGCGUUUGGCUUGUCCACGGCUUGUUUCAACUCUUUGCGUAUGUCGUAUACAUCGCAGCAUUCGGUAUCGGCGUUUGGAUGAUCAACAACAUACCAGUCAACAUGCUCGACAAUUACCACCCGAUCAUUGGUAUCAUUGUCUUCGUUCUGCUCUUUUUCCAACCUAUCCUUGGUUUCGUACAUCACCUCAAGUUCAAGAAACAUAAUCGCCGAACUAUCUGGUCGUACGGCCAUCUCUGGCUGGGACGUAUCCUGAUCACGAUGGGCAUGAUUAAUGGUGGCCUCGGUCUGCUUCUUGCAUCGGACGCACCCGCAUUCACCGGAUUUGCUCCAAGCCGGGGUCAGACUAUCGCGUAUGGAGUCAUCGCUGGUAUCAUGUGGCUGUUUUGGGUUUCUGCUUCGAUCUAUGGGGAAAGGAAGAGGAAGAUCUCGCGAAAGGCAGCAUUGAACAAGGAAGUCGAUGAAGGAUCGCCACGCCCUUAUGAUGAUGGAAAGGAAUAUUAUGCGCAACGAACUUAUGCUUGA